GCGACUUCCUCUAUCCCAAUGGAAGCCGCUAUACGCUGGUCUCCCCUCUCGACCCCUGAUGAAGCUCGCUUUCUGCUGGCCGAUGUCGCCGGCAAUGCCCUCACCCUCUAUCAAACCCAAUCCUUGAGUAGACAUGGCAUUCAGUAUAAGCCCAUAGCACGUCGUGAGAAAGUCAACAACUUUACCGCCUUCGACUGGUCACGAACCGACGACUCGCUCGUAGCAUUGGGCCUGUCGUCUGGCAACGCCGAGCUAUAUAGAUUUGACGAUUCUGCUUCAUCCGACCCUGUCGCCCUGUUCAAUAUCAAGACCCAGCGAAGAUGCAACACCAUUGCUUUCAGCACCAGAAAUUUGCUUGCUGUUGGUCUAGAUCGAGUUAGGCACGACAACUGCUUGACCGUCUAUGACAUCGAAUCCAACGAAGCAUAUUCGAGAUUAUGUGUUUCUGAAGCUGUUACAAGUCUUCGCUUCUUUCCCAACCACCCACAGCAGAUGCUGGCCGCUGUUUCGCGUCAGACUAUUCGGUUGUACGAUCUGAGAGAUUCAUCGACCACAACAGCAGGAUUGGGUAACUGCGGUAUCACAAAGCUGGUCAACAACAUUGCUAUCGAUCCUUUGGACGAGAACUAUUUCGCUUCGGGUGGCUCAACAGGUGACCCGUCCGUGACCGUAUGGGACAAGCGAUAUCUGUCUCGUUCGAGCAACGCGGCAGGCGCCGAUGCUACCAACAACGGAGCAGUUCUUGACCUUCGUCCAGCAACCGACAAUAGCCAGACUACCAGCGUCUGGAGCAUCAGAUACUCUGGCCAGAAAAGAGGACGCUUUUGUGUGUUAUCCAGCACCGGAGAAGUCAAGCUAUAUGACACAGCGCAGCACAAAGUACACUCGAAGCUGCGACCAGCAUCGGUGAACUACUAUGGAGGCAAUCCCUGGACCCAUCCACAUUAUGUUGCACAUACACACAGUUUACGAGAACCGGAAAGUGACCCACGCAAAGACAGGACAUCAAACAGAGUCGUCGCCUUUGAUUGGAUCUCCAUAGACAAUCAGGGCCGUCAAGCUAUCUUAGCCUUGCAUCCGAAUCGUGAGGUCGACCUGAUAUACACGCCUAGUCCGAGCCAUGUUGAUAUAACUGGACGAGGCGAUCUGUCUGUCUGUAACAGUACUUUGUCGGUAUACGAGCCCAAGGAUCACCAUGCUUCAAUUGCUCAAGAAGUCAGGGCACUACGAAAGGUUUCUGAAAGUACGAAUUCAAAGCAGGACGAGAGAUAUACAUCCAAGGUCAACAGCCCGGCCCCUGGCCCAGCCCAGCUAGAUCAUCGUAAUCUCAAGUCAUUGAAUGGGUCAAACAAAGCCAUUGCUGCUAGGACGGAAGAGUGGCUGGACGACAGUAUGAACAAGGCACCGCAGAUUCUACGCAACGAGAGAGUAGUGGACUUGUUGGCUCUUUCCAACGUAUCGCGGAGACGUUGUCAAGAAGGCUACCUCUUCAAUCCCGCUAGAAACAUUGAGAUUGUCGCCGAAGACUCGGCUUUGAUCAAACUUUGGGGCACUAUCAAGAGAUUCGAGGAUCUGGCCCGAGAUGGCGGCAUGGCGUCGGAUACGCUCGACCUGAGCUAUCUCGGUGUGAGCAAUAUAUGGGAGAGCAAGCUGGGCAACGGACCAAACAGAGUAACAUCCGCCCACAAUGUGAUGCCAGAGAAAUUCGACGAUGUGGUGCGUGAUAUACUCGAACGACACAGCCUACCCGAAUUUGUGGGAGUACGAACCGAAAAACCAGAACAACGACAACUCUGCCUGGCUUUGUGUGGAUGGGACUUUUCGCACGAGCAUACGAAAGAGCGAUGUGAUUAUCUUGUCAAGAAGCAGCGCUAUUACGAAGCUGUGGCAACUGCAAUGUUCAGGGGUCGCAAGUCGAUUGCUCUGGAGAUUCUGCGUGAUCUAAUCCGCGAGCGGACGAUCCAAAACAUUGGGUUGGGAGCUCUGAUAGCAUCAGACUCGCUGAAUGACGAGCAGCGAGAAAUGUGUCGUUGGAUGGAAGAAGACGCGACAGAUCCAUAUCUACGCACCCUACUAAUCUACCUAGCCAGCAACGACUGGCUCGACGUGGUCCACAAACUCGACGCAGACAUCAAACUCUCAGACCGUAUAGGCAUCGCCAUCAAACACCUCAGCGACAGCCAAAUCUCAACCUUUAUAUCACAGACCAGCACUUCCCUGAUCAGUGCCGGGAACGUAGAAGGCAUCCUCCUCACAGGCUUGACAGAAAAGUCCAUGGAACUCUUCCAAUCUUACAUCCGCCGUACUUCUGACCUCCAAACCGCCGUCUUGGCCACCGCCUUCACAAACCCGCUCUACGUCGACGAUCCCCGCUGGGAAAUGUGGAAAGAAACGUAUUUUCUGCACAUGCAGUCCUGGCGUGCCUUUAUCGAGCGCACGAAAUUCAGCAUGCAGCAUACCCGCCGCGCCGUCACUCGCAACGGCAAGAAACUCAUCGAUCCACCGCCCAGACAACUGGCGCUUCGCUGCGCACAUUGCCAGCACUCGCUAGCAAAGGAAGAACAUGCCACUCACGCGCAAGGUAGCAGCACACCGGCCAAGGGAGCCCAACAGGCGCGUAUCGCAGGCCCUGCUGCUAGUGCGGGUACGGUGUGUCCGCGCUGCGGUCGCCACCUGCCGCGCUGUUGUCUGUGUAUGCAGUGGUUGGGUACCCCUGAGCCCAUGCGUGCAAAGGAAGUUCAGAGUGGUGAAAAGGAUACGGAUGUGCUGAGUAAAUUCAUCACGUUUUGUGCUAGCUGUACGCAUGGGUUUCAUGCUCAUCAUGCGCGUACUUGGUUUGCCAGACACGCCAUGUGUCCGGUGCCGGAUUGUCGAUGUUUGUGUGGGUUGAAGUAA